AUGUGAACCAAACCACGUUCACUUUUGGGUGUUAAAAUUAAGUGGACUAAACUUAACUUCAAACGUAUAGAGAGAGUGUGUGAGAGACUGCCAUGGGAGGAAGAGACGCUGGUGAUGAUGAGCCCAUAAUUCACUUUGUACUCGUUCACGGAGCCAGCCACGGUGCUUGGUGUUGGUAUAAACUCACCACUCUUCUUCUCUCCGCCGGAUUCAAAGCCACCACCGUCGACCUCACCAGCGCUGGAAUCAACCUCACCGACGCUAACACCGUCUUCGACUUCGACCGCUAUAACCGUCCUCUCUUCUCUCUCCUCUCCGACAUACCUCAUCACCACAAGAUCAUACUUGUGGGACAUAGCAUAGGCGGAGCAAGUGUCACCGAAGCUCUCUGCAAGUUCACAGACAAAAUCUCCAUGACCGUUUACCUCGUAGCUGAUAUGGUUCAACCCGGAUCCACGUCUUCUCCUCAUUCCACCAUGUCUGUGGGAGAAGAAGAAGACAUAUGGGAGUUUACAUACGGUGAAGGCGCUGAUAAGCCACCCACUAGUGCGCAAAUGAAAGAGGAAUAUAGACGGCAUUAUUUCUAUAGCCAAAGCCCUCUUGAGGAUGUAGUUUUGGCAUCUAAGCUGUUGCGACCUUGUCCAGUAAGGGCUUUGCGAGGUAUUGAUCAGCUGCCUCCAAACCCUGAAGCUGAGAAAGUUCCUCGAGUUUACAUCAAGACUGGUAAAGAUAACCUAUGUUACCCUAUACUCCAGGACCGUAUGAUGGAGAAGUGGCCACCAUCUCAGUUGUAUACACUGGAGGAGAGUGACCAUUCUGCUUUCUUCUCUGUUCCAACUACCUUGUUCACUUGUCUCCUCCGUGCUAUAUUUUCUCUUCAACUAUAAUUUAAAACUCAUUUUUGGUUUGAACAUGUCCCGCCCUCACUACACUAUCGAUCUUCUUGUUGUUUGAGUGGUAGGAAUGAUUUGAGAAUUGAGAUUAUGAUUUUAUCAAGUAGUUUCUAGUUUUGUA